AUGGGGGAAGCUCAGGUCUCUGCGUCUGGACGUUUCUUGCCCAGCUUCGGCCAGACGUUACUGCAACUCGCAGGUGUGGGCGAGACGAAGCGUUCGUUGAUUGCUGCUUCGAUUGCUGAUGCAGUCCAUGCAAGCCCAGACAUCACCAGGCCCACCCUCAAGCGCCUCACCGCAGACCAGCAGCCGCACACCCCAGACACCGCAAGCCAGAUCUGGAAAACCAAGCAGCCGCCCAGCAGGACCAACGGCAAGCAGCCCAGCACCCAGCCAACAACACCCCUGGCCAACAACCCCAACAGGAUCAAGGGCGACAGGGACGUGCUCAUCCACCGCGUAGAGCGCGGCCACUCGCUGCCCGGCAUCGCACUCAGCUACGGCAUCUCGCUCCCCGCCCUGCGCAAGGCCAACGCCAUGUGGCCCUCCGACCCGCUCACCCUCAAAACCACCCUCCGCAUCCCGCUGGGCCUCUGCAACCUGCCCCCCUCGAAGAAGAUCGAGAUCGAGCAGGACUCCGGCCAGGCCCUCGUCUGGGAGCACGAGCCCGAGCCGCCCCCGCUCCCGCACCGCCCCUCGCUCGACUGCGCGGCCUCCGACUCCUCCGACCAUCUGGCCCAGCGGGCCGCCUCCUCCUCUGGCCCGCGCCCACCGCACACCACCCAGCUCGGCCAGCUCCCGCCCAUCUCCAACGACGGCUCGCCCCCCCCGUCGCCCCAGCCCACCGUCGCCGCCCUCGAACGGGUGCCCGCCGACCAGCUCGGCUUCUUCACCUCCCUCGCCCCCUCCGACCCCCGUCCAUCCCCCUCCACCCACCCUGAUGACCCGCUCCCCAUCCCCGCCCGCAAACCCUCCCCCGCCUCCUCUAGCCUCCGCCAACGAUCCCUCCCCGCUCCAUCCUCCAAGAAACACCCCCUGCCCAUCGCCAUCCCCUCCGCCGGCCCGUCCCGCACUACCGGCCUCUCAGACACCCAGAUCUCGCCCGACUCGCAGAAGAAACUCGCCGUCCCUCGCGCCUCGCGCAUCGCGUCCCAGCCACGGCCGGACCCGGGAGGUACGUCUCUGCCCCCCCCUCCCCACGCCCGCUCAGACAUUGAGCCCACCCCCAUGUCUCCGAACAGCAGGCGACGAAUGGGACGAUGUGGGCGGCGGAGGCAGCCGGAGGACGAGCGGGACGAGCGGGCGAUGGACGACCGUCCGGCCCGGCCGGCCGCCCCCGCUGACCCGGCAGCUGCAGUUCCUUGA